AUGCCGUCUGCAUCGUUAUUACUCGUGGGGCUUUUGCCACUGAUUGCCUUGUUCUAUGUUCAAUAUUCGAACGUGUUCUCGCCAGCCUUUACGCUCAGCAAGAAUGCCAUGCCUAUACCACGUUCGAAGACACCUAUAAUCAUGGCCUCCACACCGGCCUUCAGCCAUAUGGAAAAGAUCACCACCAUAGCUGAAGGCCUUAUUCAAUUAGGCUAUCCAAUCAUAUUCCUUACCGGUCCUGACUUCAAGGAUCAUAUUGAGUCGAUUGGUGCGACGUACGUUCCUAUAGAAGGCAAGGGCUUCGGAAUGAUGGCCGAAGAUAAGAUGGCUACAUUUCUGAGCUUGCAAGGUGAUGAGUUAGAGAUCUUCGCCUUCAACACAAUCUUCAUCGAUGAGAUCCCGGCGCAACAUCGCACUCUUCAACGAACGUUUAACGAGGUGCGCGAGAAGUAUGGACAAGAGCAGCCACUCAUAUACAUCGCCGACUGUACAUUUGGUGGUCUCGCACCCGUCAUGCUGGGUGUACCCGGUAUUCGACCAGAUGCAGCCAUGUCUAUUGGGCUAGCCCCCUACCCAGCUGCCAGUAACGAUACAUUCCCCUUCAGAUCUGGUCGCCACCCAGACACCAGCGCAGACUCUAAGCAAAUCCAUUUUGAGGCGCAGCAGGCGCAGUACAUCAGUUAUCCUGACAGCGAGUGGAAUAAGCACACCCGAGAAGUUUUGGAGAAAAUGGGCGCCACGAGAUCAUCUCCCAGCAUGUUCGACAUGUUUGUGGCUGCGUCAGACGUGUAUCUCCAGUACGGUGUUCCUGAGUUUGAAUACCCAAGGAGUGACCUCCGACCUAAUCUGAAGUUUACCGGUGCACCAGUCAAUGUUGGCAUUGCCGAGCGUGCUCUACCUGAAUGGUGGGGCGACGUCCUUGAGGCGAAAAAGGCAGGAAAGCACAUCGUAGCUGUUACCUCCAGCACGGUCGUAUUUGACAACAAUGUCCUGAUUAUACCAGCACUAGAGGCACUGAAGGAUCGAGACGAUGUGCUCGUCAUUGCUACGCUUGUGACUUCCGAUGUGGAACAGCUUGAGUUUAAGAUACCCGAGAACGCGAGAGUUACAAAAUUCUUUCCUCUCGAUCUAGCUCUCCCCGAGGUAUCUGUUUUGAUCACCAACGGUGGCUAUGGCACGAUUCAACAAGCGCUACGAGCAGGCGUUCCCAUGAUUGUCUCAGGAGUAGGUCAAGAUAAAUCUCACACUGGGGCUUUGAUCAAUUACAUCGGCAACGGCAUCUACCAUGCUGUGCACCAAACCAACUCGGAGAUUCUCAGCGUUGCAUUUGCGGAGAUACUGAAGAACCAAACUUAUAGGGUGAAAUCGGAAGCCAUCGCCCAGGAAUACAAGAAGUACAAUGCCAUAGAGAUUGCGGACGCACAGAUACAGCAAGUACUGAAGGAAAAAUUGCCUUCGAAAUCCUGGCUCGCAGGUUGGAUGUAG